GCCGUGCCGCUUACUAGCCACUCGCCAUCUCCUCCUUUCACCUUGGGCUGCCCGUUCUCCUUCGCCGCCGUCGGUUCCUUCGGCACACGAUCGUCGUCAGAGGCCUCGGCGAGGCGCCGCCGCUCCGACGCUCCUGGGGCGGCUUCCACAGCGCAACCGCCGCUCCGACGACAGCCGACUCAGGUUUGCGCAAGUGGCAAUGAAGACGGAUAGUCAUGAGACAAACAUGAAACAUGAGGUGAAGACCAAUGAGAGGAUGAAGCACUACAAGGUCAUCUGUUUUCUUGGUGUAGCUUUGCUUACAUGGAUCGACAAGGCAGUACUUCUCAACCGACUGAACGAGUACAACAAUGUAGCUGCCCAAGUCUGCACAAUCUACUUCACUUUUGCUCUAGUUUCCAUGUUGCUGGGGUUGACUGCGUCUUCGUUCCCCGACUCUGCUCUCUGUGCUAAGACAGUUUCGAGCAAUGGAGCUUUGCAGGCCUUUUUGUUUUUAAACAUAGUUAUGCACUUGCACAAUAUAGAGUUCUAUCCAGAAUUUUUCCACCUAGGAGUCUCAUGGAUGCUCACAUCCUUGGUCUUUUGUAUCUACUGGGCAAUGUAAGUUAUCUUAGCUUUAUGUCAUUUGAUCACAAAACUAUAUCGAGCUAAAGAGUUUGUUGGAAUGGUUUGCAGUUGCAAUGUAAGUUUUAAAGGUAUCUUAGUUUUAUGCCAUUUGGUCACAAAACUGUAUUGAGCUAAAGAGUUUUGUGAAAUGUUAUGCUGUUGCGAUGCUAUGUAAAUCGCAAUCGUAGAAGAAAUCAUGAUGAUCAGUUA